AUGGUACCCUCGGCUAUCCAAGACCCCCAGGAGUCUUCCAAUCCAUUCAAGAAGCUCGUCUCCGACCUCUCUGGGAUCCUCGGCCCAUCAUCCGGCAUCGACUCUUCAGACGUGAACGUGGACGAGCUUUGUAGUCUCAUGAAGAACUACACCUCCAGGGAGACGGACUGGAAGAAAUAUGCUUUUGCGGACACAAGUCGAGGGUACACGAGAAACCUGGUCGAUGAAGGGAAUGGGAAGAGUAACCUUUUGAUACUCGUGUGGACACCAGGCAAAGGCAGUCCAAUCCACGACCACGCAGAUGCCCACUGCGUGAUGAAAGUCCUCAAGGGGUCCCUCAAAGAGACACGUUUCCAUGCCUGCGAUGCCAACAACGAUGCCCCGCCCCGAGCCAUCCAGGAGACCGUCCUGGGCCAGGGAGAAGUCACCUACAUGGCUGACGACCUGGGCCUACACAAGAUCUCCAACCCAAGUGCAGACGAGGAGGCCGUCAGUCUCCAUCUCUACACACCACCCAACGCCGCCAAAGAAGGCUGCAACAUCUUCGACGAGCGCACGGGCAAGAGCUCACACGUCACGCAGUGCAACUUCUUCUCCAGUUUUGGAAAGCGGAACUCGGGUGCCUAA